CUGUGCGAGCCAUUACAAUAAAGAAAACCAUUUAAAAAUGGUCUAAACCAACUCAUUUCCUUUCUACUAACGUGCAAAAUACAAAAGUGUUAAUAACAAAUCAAAAAACAUAUAAAAUGUUUAAUUAUAGGGAAGAAAUUUAAUAUCACAAAAAUGGCUGAUCAAAUCAACGGCACGGUGAAACAAUAAUGUAAAGAUAUUUAUAUAGCUUAGUGUAAAGAAGUCUUCCAUUGUAGAAUUAAGAUUAAUAUAAUUAUAAAAUAAAUUAAUGUAUAUCUGUUGCGUCAAUUUUGACAUAGUUUUAAAAUUCGAAUAUUGAUUAUAUUGAUUCGAAAAAGUAUUGGAAAAGAGGUUUAAUAAAAAUUUUCUGAAUAAAAAAAAAAAAAUGCUCAACCUCGGGCGUAUCAAGUUACCGCCGCUCAAAAAUGUACUGGAUGUGGCUAUGCAGACUGUUAGGCAGCAGGUGCCUGAGAAGCCUGGCCCUCCACCACGUCCUCCUCAAAAUGUUCGAUUUGCAAAUAUGGACAUGGGAGAGAGCUGUGAACUGUCGACCAUGAACGAGACGACUUCACCGACAUACCAAUCUACUAAUCCAACAAAUCCAUUCUUGAGUGGAGAACUGCAGGCUGAAGAUUCUUUUACCAGUUACCAGAACACCUACCCUCAACAAGAUGGAGCUCCGAGGACUCAAAGCAUGCAAAGUGUUGAUUUUUACGCUUCAUCUGAAGAAGGAGGCUUUGAAGAAGGUGGUGGUAAGCCAGGUGCAAAGAUUAAUGAGUUUCAAGCCGCUUGGAACGUCACCAACGCAAUCCAGGGUAUGUUCGUGGUUUCGUUGCCUUUUGCAGUUCUACAAGGUGGAUAUUGGGCAAUAGCUGCUAUGAUUGGAAUUGCUCACAUCUGCUGUUAUACAGGUAAGAUUCUGGUUGAAUGCCUGUACGAAGAUGAUCCAGUUUCCGGCCAGCGAGUGCGUGUUCGUGAUUCUUACGUUAGCAUUGCUAAGGAGUGCUUUGGAAGGAAAUACGGUGCAAAAAUUGUGAACGUCGCUCAAAUUAUCGAGCUCCUCAUGACUUGUAUCCUGUACGUCGUUGUCUGUGGUGAUCUUAUGAUCGGUACCUUUCCUGAUGGCUCUAUUGAUACCCGUUCUUGGAUGAUGUUGAUCGGUAUAUUCUUGUUACCGCUUGCUUUCUUGAAGUCACUCAAAAGUGUCAGUAUGUUAUCCUUCUGGUGUACCAUGAGCCAUCUUAUUAUUAAUGCAAUUGUACUCGGUUACUGCAUUCUUUAUAUCGGUGACUGGGGUUGGUCAAAAGUCAAAUGGUCUUUAGAUUUUGAAAACUUCCCCAUCAGUUUGGGUGUUAUUGUAUUUUCUUAUACGUCACAAAUUUUCUUGCCCACGCUAGAAGGUAACAUGGAAGAUCGAUCUCGCUUCGAAUGGAUGUUGAAUUGGUCGCAUAUAGCUGCAGCGGCUUUUAAGUCUAUCUUCGGAUAUCUGUGCUUCUUAACCUUUCAAAACGAUACCCAGCAGGUUAUAACAAAUAACCUCCGUUCUGCUGGAUUUAAAGGGCUGGUAAAUUUCUUCUUGGUAGUCAAAGCAGUACUAAGUUACCCAUUGCCAUAUUACGCGGCAUGUGAUUUGAUGGAAAGAGUUUUGUUCAGAGGCAAGCCAAAAACAAUAUUUCCUCCAAUUUAUGCUUUAGAUGGAGAACUGAAAGUAUGGGGACUGGCUUGGAGGUUAGGAGUUAUCAUGUUCACGAUUCUAAUGGCUAUAUUCAUUCCCCACUUCGCUAUCCUUAUGGGUUUUAUUGGCAGUUUCACGGGCACCAUGUUGAGUUUCAUAUGGCCGGCCUACUUCCAUCUUAAAUUGAAAGGUAAUCAAUUGGAAACAACAACUAUUGCCUAUGACUACUUCAUCAUAGCCCUUGGCGUAUUGUUCGGCAUCAUUGGGAUGUGGGACUCGGGGUCUGCCCUCGUAAAAGCAUUUAAAAUCGGCUUGCCGUUCUAAGUUGAUGUAGUGUUUUAGAUGAUUGUUGAACUAUUUUUAGAUUAACGCAUUUAUUUCGUGUAUGUUCAUCACGGAUGCGAUACAUCUUAAAAUUUUAACCGCCAAAUAAUGUCUAGUCUGAUGUGAUUUCUUUUUUGUAUUUUAGCCCUUUUAGAUAUUAAGAAAAGAUACUAGCUGUUACGUUACGAUGUUCAAACGUCUUCCAAUAAUAAUAAUAAUAUAUACAUUUAUGUAUAUACGUAUAUUAGACAGUUAAAAUUAUAUUUACAAUAUAUUUAAAG